GGAGGAGGAAGAACAUUGGAAUCUUCAUUAUGGACAAGAGCAGUUAUCAACUCAAAUGUACAAUGUUUAUUAUGGCUGUACCUUUUGGUGAAAAGGCUAGUGUUAUUUCACAUUUAACUUGCGAAAUAUUUCCAGACUCAUUUCAAGAUGCAGUAGAAUCCUGUCCUUGUGUGCUUCAGCAACCACAAAUACGUUUCAACUAUUCUAGCCAAGACACAAAAGAGUGUCUUGCUUCUUUUAUGGAUCUACCCUUUUCAAAAGCGGUAUUGUGUGGUAAAAGUUUAUCAAGCUCUAUAGGAAAGUCCAACUAUAUUUGGUAUUCUUGUGCUUUAGAAGUGGAGCAGAACAGAAGAAAAUCAGUUUAUCAAAAUUUGACGGCAGGUAUCCAUUAUAGAGGAAUGUUCACCCAAGGAUGGAUAGUUUCAGCUCAACGCGUUGUCUCUCUAGUUGCUCGAUCAAUUGCAUUGGAAGAACUUCGUUGUAGCUAUGUUACUCGACAGUCCACUCUACCAUCUGGACAAAGAGAAUUGGAGAAUAUAUUGAAGAGUGCACUAACUUGUGUUGUUUGUGAGAUUCCUGGAAAGAUUGUGGUGAAUAAUUAUCUUGAAAUGUAUAUCCAACGACAAUAUCUUUCAGAGAAUUAUGAUUGGAAGGAGUAUAGUUUGUGCUUUUAUAUUUCAUCCGAGCAGUUUAUCAAUGAAAUGUUUCAUUUCCCGUAUACAAAGAUAUUGUCUCUUUUGUUUCGUUUGUGGGAUCCCACCAAAUGUUUGAUAGAUACAGUUCGAGAAUGUUUAGUCGAUUUUGACAAAAUUUUUAUUAUCGAUGCCAUACAAAAAGGUAGAGCAUAUCAUGUAACAGAAUAUGUUCAAGUUUUGAAGAAGAAUAUACAAUUUACUAUUUAUGAUACUGCAAAGAAUAGAAUGGAAGGUUUGUGGAGCAAAAUAUCCAAAAUUCAGGAGAUGUUGUAUGUUGGAUCACCACUCACUACUGAGUAAGUCAAUAUAUCAUUAUUUCAUGUG